UUGACAGUGAGACACAGAGGAGAAUGAAUGGUCAUGUAAAGAGUAUGAAUUUUCAACAGCGUGCGGAAACAGCAGCGACAUUACUCUGCUUCCUGCUGCUUCUGGCAGUUGAUUCAACAAAAACCGUGGCAGCCGCCAGGAACCGUGAGUGCAGUUCUGAUCUGGAACGGACUCUCAGGCUCACCAAACUUAUCCACAGGCAAACUGGUGUUCUAAUCAAAACAUAUAAAGCUUUCCAAGGAGAAAUGGGACCGGGUGUCUGUAAGGCUACAGGGUUCGACGUCCCCGACCCAAACAUCUCUGGGCUGGAGCCCUCAGAGAGGAUGGCGAGCAUGUACACGCACCUCCAGGCCUUCUCCUCACACCUGAAGAGGGUGCAGGAGCAGCAAACGGACUUGCAACUCCCAGGGAGCAUAGUUCUGCGUAAAAUUAACGAAUCGAGAGUUCAGAACAAGAGGCUGAGCAGCAGCAUAAACAGCCUUUAUCACACAUUCUUCCCAAACCUGCCUCUACCGGAGCCGGCGGGCGGGCCCACGACACUACCUCCGCCUCAGACCGUCUUCCAGCAGAAGAUCUACGGCUGUGUGGUGCUGACGACCUACAAGGUGUUCCUGGCAAACAUGUCUAAAAACGUCAAGACCCUGAAGAGCAAAAUGUGCAGAAAGGCACCAAAAAGUACAUCGAACUCGGGGAGAUGACCAGAGACUGGCCUUUGUGGGUCAGUUUCCAGCAGCACUUUACUUACUGAGAUGAUCGUAGACUUAUAAAAAAAAAAAA